ACACACACGCCUUCCACCUCGUCAUUCACUCGAGCGUGGUGAAGUCUCCUCUUCGCUGCUGGAGCUUCUACAACACAUCGGAGGCUGACCGGAGCUCGCAUUCACUGAGCGGCUAGUCACUUCCUACCGCCGAACAUUAUCUUUCGCUCGUUCGCCUUUACCUGUCAACACACCUCAAUAUGCCUUCCCACCAGGCUGUUGCUGGCAUGCAGGCCAUCGACCCCGAGUUUGUCAAGCAGCCGUCUCCUAUGGCGAGCACCUCGGAGCCCAACCGCAACUCCAAGUACGAUCCUAAGAAGCCGCACAUUACAGACAUGCCCAUCACGCGGUCAAACUGGUACCAGCAUGUCAACUGGCUCAACGUCAUCUUCAUCAUCGGCGUGCCUCUCGCUGGCUGCGUCGCCGCCUUCUGGACCCCUCUGCAGUGGAAGACCGCUGCGUGGGCUGUCAUCUACUACUUCUGGACUGGCCUCGGUAUCACCGCCGGAUACCAUCGUCUCUGGGCACACAAGUCAUACAACGCCGGUCUUCCUCUGAGGAUCUGGCUCGCCGCCGUCGGCGCUGGUGCUGUUGAGGGUUCCAUCCGCUGGUGGAGCCGUGACCACCGCGCCCACCACCGCUACACCGACACCAACAAGGACCCCUACAGUGUCCGCAAGGGCCUUCUCUACAGCCAUCUCGGAUGGAUGGUCAUGAAGCAGAACCCCAAGCGUAUCGGCCGCACCGACAUCACCGACUUGAACGAGGACCCCGUUGUCGUAUGGCAGCACAAGAACUACAUCAAGGCCGUCGUCACCAUGGGCUUGAUCUUUCCCUCUGCCGUCGCCGGUCUCAUGUGGGGCGAUUGGAUGGGUGGCUUCAUCUACGCUGGUAUCCUCCGUAUCUUCUUCGUCCAGCAGGCCACCUUCUGCGUCAACUCGCUUGCUCACUGGCUCGGUGACCAGCCCUUCGACGACCGCAACUCUCCUCGUGACCACGUCAUUACCGCUCUUGUCACUCUCGGAGAGGGCUACCACAACUUCCACCACGAGUUCCCCUCCGACUACCGCAACGCCAUCGAGUGGCACCAGUACGACCCUACCAAGUGGUCCAUCUGGCUGUGGAGCAAGCUCGGCCUCGCCUCCAACCUCAAGCAGUUCCGCUCCAACGAAAUCGAGAAGGGUCGUGUCCAGCAGCUCCAGAAGAAGAUUGACCAGAAGCGCGCCAAGCUCGACUGGGGUGUCCCUCUCGACCAGCUGCCUGUCAUAGAAUGGGACGACUAUGUCGAGCAGGCCAAGAACGGCCGUGGUCUCAUCGCUGUCGCUGGUGUCGUUCAUGACGUUACCGACUUCAUCAACGAGCACCCCGGUGGCAAGACGCUUAUCAAGAGCGGCGUUGGCAAGGAUGCCACCGCCAUGUUCAACGGCGGUGUCUACUUCCACUCCAACGGAGCCCACAACCUCCUUUCUACCAUGAGGGUUGGUGUCAUCCGCGGUGGCUGUGAAGUGGAGAUCUGGAAGCGCGCUCAGCGUGAGAACAAGGAUGUCGGUCUGGUCCUGGACGACGCAGGCAACCCAAUCAUCAGGGCUGGUAACCAGAUUACCAAGGUUGCGCAACCCAUUCAGAGUGCUAGUGCAGCAUAGAUUGGAUCUUCAUCUUCACGAGCGAUGUAUGGCGUUUGGUUGUCUCUCUUCCUUGGCGGACAGAGUAAUAUUCAAUUUCUUAGCGAUCGUUAGAAAGCAUCAUGGUUACGAUGCUCAGUCAUGUUAGAUGGCGUAUGUUUGUAGCCUUCCUCGAGUGAUUGGCUUUGAAAAGUAGCCUCACGGCCUAGACCAAGAAUGAAAACAUUCACGAUUUCAGACAUUA